GAGAUAUUAUUAUAGAUGCAUCGAAAAACUAAAUCGAAAGAACCAAAAAGAUUGGACCCCACGUUUUAACUCGCUUAUAAAUCUAUAGACUCGGUCACUCUCAAAGUCUCAAUUCAAUGACUCGUUCAUUUUCCCAUCAAAAAGAGUGAGGGCAAUUUCGUCAUUACACUUCUCCUAAAUAAUCCAAAACAAAAAACGACGCAAAUUAUAAAUACUUUUCGCAUAAAAAAACGUAUACAUAUAAACCGAGCAACGGAGCAAGUUUAUGAGAUAUAAUUUUCCAAAUUUCUCUGAUUCAAUCCCUCAAAAAAUGGCGUUAAUUUUACAAAAACGUCGAAAAAUGCAUUGCUUCGCUUUAAUUUAAUCCUAAAAAAGCGACGAUUUUUCUCUAUCCUUUCUGGGUUUUCUCCUCUGAACUCACAAUUACACUGCUGUAAAAGUUUUAGGAAUGGAGGAAUUGAAUAAAAUUCUGUACAUAGUGGUAGUCGAUAAUGAUGAAAAUAAUAAGAAAAAUAAUGGUGAGAAGAAGGGUUCUUUUCAUUAUACGCGUUCACUUCUUCAAAGCACCCUACAACUUAUGGGAUGUAAACCUCGUUACGCCACCAAGAUUAGUAAGAGGGUCUUUGAAAGCGUGCAAAGUCAAAGCUUUAAGGAUGACAAAGACAUUGUAGGAAGAUUUUACUCCAAUGCUUCAAGUACUCAGCUGGUUAAGUCUGAAGAAAAAGAAGAAAGUAAUAAGAAUGUGCCUUCUGAGUUGUACAAAAGGCGCACAACUGUAACCAUCAGCAGAGACAAGUUCUUAGACGUUGUCUGUGAGGCUCUUGCUGAAUAUAAAUACAUUGGUCCCAAUCAAAGGGCAGAUCUGAUUUUGGCUUGCAGGAUUCGUGAAAGGAAGGGAUCUCUAACUGUCCUGUUGUGUGGCACUAGUGGCUGCGGAAAGUCCACAUUGUCUUCAAUACUGGCUAGCAGAUUGGGAAUCACAACUGUCAUAUCCACGGAUUCUAUCCGGCACAUGAUGAGGAGUUUUGUGGAUGAGAAAAAUAAUCCAUUGCUGUGGGCUUCAACCUAUCAUGCAGGGGAGUGUUUAGAUCCUGUUGCUGUUGCAGAAGCAAAAUCUAGAAGGAAGGCUAGAAAGAUGGCUGGAAUGUCUUAUUCCGUGUCUAAAACUCAAUCAUGUGACUCAACUCAAGACGAGAAACCUGAUAGCCUGCAGCCAGAGGCAGUUGGUAACAACACUGAACAGUUCAUAAGUCCAAAACAAAUGGCUGUUGAAGGAUUCAAAGCUCAAAGUGAAAUGGUCAUUGAGAGUCUUGAACGCCUUAUUACUUCUUGGGAAGAAAGGAAAGAAUCAGUAAUCAUUGAAGGGGUGCAUUUGAGUCUCAAUUUUGUGAUGGGACUCAUGAAGAAACAUCCUUCAAUAGUACCUUUUAUGAUAUACAUAUCAAAUGAAGAUAAGCAUUUAGAAAGAUUUGCUGUUCGUGCCAAGUACAUGACACUGGACCCUUCAAAAAACAAAUAUGUGAAAUACAUCCGAAAUAUUAGGAGAAUACAAGAAUAUCUAUGCAACCGAGCAGACAAGCAUCUAGUGCCAAAAGUUAACAACACGAAUGUUGAUAAAAGUGUGGCAGCUAUCCACGCCACACUCUUUAGCUGCCUAAAGAGGCGUGAAGCUGGGGAGCAGCUUUAUGAUCCCGCUACCAAUACUGUGAGUAUAAUUUCUGAGGAGUAUAAGAACCAAUGUGCUGCACAUUCUUGGAACUCGAAGGGGAUUUUUCAGUUGAUUCAAAGGAAGGGAUCAUCAAGGCAUCUGAUGGCUUUUGUCAACAACGAUGGCUCUAUAGCAAAAGCUUGGCCAGUUGAUUCUACAGACAAUAGUGGAUCACCAAUGUAUGCAUCUUUGCAAAUUGGUAAGGCAGAGCCUGUGAACAUUCAGUUUGGUCAUUUUGGCAUAAGUGCCUGGCCAAAGGAUACUGGGGGAACUAGUCAUGCUAGCAGCUUCGAUGAAUCUAGAACUGAUUGGCUUUGUACUGAGACUAGCAGCAGAUGCUACUCUUCUUGCUGCAGCUCUCCUCGGCUUCCUAGUGGACCAGCUAAGAGGGUCAAGGAGGAACAAUCUGUUUCCGGCAGUGAUGAAGAGGUUGAUGACCUCGCUGAGCUAGACAGUGAUGAAGAUCUCAGUGAUGGUGACAAACAUACUCAUGAUGAAGAGAUUGAAGGAUCUGUUGAUGAGGAAUCAACUAAAUCAGAUGAGGAGUAUGACGAACAAGAGAACACUUACAAUGACGAGGAGUACACAAAUAACUUAUCUAACUUUCUGAAGAACAAUAACUAUAAAUGUGAUAAAUUUCCUCUGACUCUUAACAUGUUUUUGAGAGCUCGGGGUGAGCCUUUGUCCGAGCAAAAUGGCUCUAACUCUACCCUGCUUGAAGAACGGAUGAGAAUCAGAUCAUGUCGUAUAUAACCACUUUUAAGGCGAAAAAACACUCAUACAGCAUAUCUGCUACUAGUUAGUAAGCAUGAUGCUGCUACUGAUCCUGUUAUCUCUGGAGACUGUAAAAGAUAAAGUACAGUUUUGUUUACUUUAUAUCUCGUUUCUUAGCUCAGUAGCGAAAAUUAGAGCUUUGUUUGUAUAGUUAAAGGCUGGUUUUGUGUAACUUUAAUCUUGUUGUUUUCGUUAUCAUCAUCGUUGUAUUUCUUGCUGUUACGAUGUUAAGUGAACAUGAAUAAUGUCUGUUGGUGGGAUCAAGAUGCUAAGUUUGUCUGUAAUAUACAGAUGCAGUGCUGUAU